CCUUCGUGCCCCCACCCAUCACCAUUACAGCAAAAGAGACUCGUGUGAUGUGGCUGUCCCUCAGCAUUUCUGGCCUAUAACCAUUUGUGGAAACCUUCUACCUUGAAAUUGUCAGAUUUCUUCCUGUGGAACAUCUUGGAUGCAUGGUAAAAACAAACUCUAGGCUCGGAUCUCGACAGCUGAACAUGUUCUCUGCCAGGAAGUUGUCUGGAGUUUGGAGAGCCAUCAGGUUCCAUCAUUUCAGAUCCCAUUCUGUAUCCAGAACCUUUCCAAACUUGGCUUUCGUGCCAGCCUGUCUUCCCCCAGAUCCCACGAAGGUAGAGCAGCUGCAGCACUUUGUUUCUAACUCCAAGAGGCUGUUUGUGAUGACUGGAGCUGGAAUCUCAACUGAAUCGGGGAUCCCAGAUUACCGCUCUGAAGGUGUCGGGCUCUACGCCAGGACAGACAGACGGCCCAUACAACAUGCUGAGUUCAUUCGUAGCGCCAGUGCCCGGCAGCGGUACUGGGCAAGGAACUUUGUGGGCUGGCCCCAGUUCUCCUCCCACCAGCCAAACACAGCACACCUGGUACUAAGAGACUGGGAGAAGCUGGGGAAGCUGCACUGGCUGGUGACCCAGAACGUGGAUGCCCUUCACACCAAAGCCGGGAGCCAGCGCAUGACAGAGUUGCACGGCUGCACACACAGGUACUCUGUUGGCAGAGGAAGGGUGGUUAAUCCUCCGGUCUGUCGUUCAGGGGUUUUCUGCCUGGCCUGUGGAGACCAAAUCUUGCGCUCUGAGCUUCAGGAGCACUUUGAAGCUCUGAAUCCUACCUGGAAAGCUGAAGCAUUUGGUGUGGCUCCAGAUGGGGAUGUCUUCCUGACUAAUGAGCAAGUGCGUAAUUUCCAAGUCCCAGCCUGCCAUAAAUGUGGUGGAAUCCUGAAGCCUGACGUGACAUUCUUUGGAGACACGGUGAGACGGGAAAAAGUGAAUUUUGUGCACCAGCGCCUGGCAGAAUCAGACGCCAUGCUGGUGGCAGGAUCCUCUAUGCAGGUAUACUCUGGUUACAGGUUUGCUCUCGCUGCCCGAGAGAAGCAGCUGCCAAUUGCUAUCCUUAACAUUGGGCCCACAAGGGUAGAUCACUUUGCAUCCUUAAAACUGAAUUCCCGCUGUGGAGAGCUGCUGCCUUUGAUUGUUGCACAUGACCCAACAAGCUGAGUUUCAGGAGCUAACAGGAGUAAAAUUAUUUCUACAAGCUGUUCCUACUAGGACAAGCUCCUGAUCUUUGGAUAGAGGAGCUGGGAGUACCUUACAAAAGAUUUUUCUGAUGCUCCUCUGAAGUGGGGUUGGAGUUACCCAAAGCAAAUAGAAGCUACUUCCUAUUUGGCAAAGCUUGUCUUUGUUUCUGGGCAAACUCUCCAAGCACACUUUGUAAUCAAGUCCUGCAGCCUGAGAAAGGUAUUUCAUAUACUGUGCUCCACUGAGGGCAGCACAGACUGCAGAUGGCCCGGAGGACUUGUGCCUGGUGGGUAUGGAGUAAGUGCAGCCUCCCACAUCUUACAGUCAGAUUGCUCCCACUGACAAACCUACUUACUCAUGACUUCUGAAAAAGAACAGAAGACCCUGGACAUGGGAACUUGGGAAGUUCAGGAACCUUGGAGUGAAAAUGACUGAAUCUACCUUCCAGAAUGCGAUGCUUCUCCCAUGACUGCCUUUGAUGUCAGCCUUUCCCAGUCUUUGCAGCUAUGAGGAGGGAAAAAAAAAAACAAAACUAUUUCAAACCAGUGCCAACUUACUGUUUUCCUCAAUUAAUUCAUUCAAAACCUGGGGCUUGGGCAGGACAGAUGGAGACUUCCUCUCACAUAACCUGUCCUAGGGCAGCCCCAGGUAAACAGCAACUGAAAUCAACAGUGCUAGGAGGAUCUUUAGAGACGAUGGGAAAGGAAUGAGGAGGGUCUCAGACAAAUAUCUGAAGUCAAGAGUUUCUUAUCCCUACAUCCAGCCACUCUCUACUGUGUCUCAGUGCAGGCAUUUUGCGAUCUGAAUUAACUUGGCCUUAGCAAUUGUGGGGUUAGCUUAUAGAAAAGAUAAUAGUGGUGAGAAAGUAAAGGAGGGAGGAUUUUGCUGCUCCAGUCCUACUGGUCUGGCCAUUUUCAUCACUGAUAGAUACUGUGAAAAUAUCUUUCAGAUGCCAGAUUCCUCCUGGCUGAUGCUUGCUUUCUGUAGGGACAGGAAAUUCUGGUACAUGGGCUGUUAAACAGCUUUGAUUUGUAUGGUUGGAGCCUUAAAAGAGAGAGAUGGAUGAUGUGUUUGGAAUAAUACCACAAAGGAGCCCAUUAAUACUUUUCCUCCUAUAGUAUCAGUUCUGUGAGCUUUUCUAACUGCAGGGGUCCCCAACAAGGGAUGCACAGCUGAGUGCGCUGUGACCUAUGCACCCAAGUCCUGAUAGAUACAAGAAAUCAUGCAAGGUACACAGAUGGACAAUAAGAAAUUCAUACCCACUCACUCUGACAGAACAAUUAGGCAAGUAGAUAACAAUUACUAAGGCUAAAAAUAAGAGGGAGGGGAAAAAAAGGAAAAAGCAUUUUAUGUUAGAGGGCCUCACAAUAUAGAGCUGUGACUUUUACACACUACAGGCAAGCAGUUUUGAGCAAAUGACCUAAGUGAUGCUUGUCCUUGCCAAGACCCAGACAACAUAUGCAGCUUCAGCACAUGCAAAUCAGAAAUAGUGCCUUUUUGCUAAUAAAAGAGAAUUUCUGGGACAAUCUGCUAUUCCUUUAUCAGAAGACUCUUGCAAAAAAAAUAAACAUAUAGAAAAAUUAAGACACAUGCUGCAUGCAGAUUUCCAGUGUGAUCCCACAUCUUCACACUGGUAAGGGCCAAGGAGAAGACAAUCCAACUGGACUCUGUAUUUCUAAAGCCUGACUAUCUGCAACAAGUCAAUCUGUGCCCUGGAGUUCAUAGUCUGACACAAACUGCUGCUGGUGGGAGGGCUGCAGUGCUUGGCUUCUCACUCAAGCAGGUGGCAUAUGACAGAAAUCAAAUUACACCCUCCCCUGUUUAGCACUUGUCAUGACAGAACUUAAUUGCGUUGAACAGUCAACUCCUGUGUCUCUGCAUAGAACUGACCAUGGCUGCAGUAAUGCUCCUCAUCUCUCUGUGCACCUACUACAAUAAAGAAGCUGUGCCUACAGGUAAGGAAAGCUAGAGGAUCCUCGGGAAAUUAAGGCUAUCACACAAGUGGGAUUAAGGCUAGCUUCUCACUAAGAUGAGUCCCUUUGUUGCUUGGGGAAAACAGCAUUGGAGCUGAGACAAGAAGCAAAUGCUUUUUGAUGAGUUUUCAUGGCUUAGCAUGAAGGGGAAUAAUAACCUUCAUUUAUUGCAUUGCACGCAGCCAAAUGGGUUGAAAGACAAUUCCUAAAGCUCUGCCAGAUUUAUGGUGACUGGCUCUUUCAAUCAGAGGGAAAUCUGGAGCUGUGAAGAGCUGAUCAAAGAGGAAAGCUUGUUUUAAAGGGGGUGAUAAAACAUGGAGCUCAUGGCUCAUCAAAACCACACCCAAAAAUCCAGGAAAUAAGUUUUAGUGAUGCCCUGCAAAAUGGAAGAUAAACCAGAUGUCUUGCAAAGCAAGUGUGAUUCCCCUAUAGAAACCUGCAGCUGCAGCAAGUGGUUUCUGCUCAAGUGGUGGUAAAAGAGAGGGACAUACAAUACUGUAUCCAGCAGCAAAACCAUUGAUCUGGGGUAAUACCUUCAAAAAAGACCACAGAACACCAUCCACCUUUCUGGCACUUUCCCUGAGCUCCUUCUGCAAUCCACACUGGCAGUUCCCAGGGCAAGAAGCAUUUGGGAGCAACAACCAAAGCAGAAGGGGCAUUUCAGAAAAGUGUGGAUUGAACCACUGUUCCCACCAGUACCCUCCAGUGACCAGAACACAAUCACACCACAGGGCCUUUCCCUCUCCAGCUUGUCCAAUUACCCUUAACCCUCUGCUGAAGUAUUCUACUAAAUACCCUUAGCCUGUUUACCAAUUCACAAUACCACUACUUCGCAGUUUCAAAAACAAGACAGUGCUUGCAUGCAGCAUUUAGUAGAUGAAUCAUCUCAACCACUUUAUAGGGAAGAAGGUAUAGCUACCCAUAAUGGUCAGAAAAGGCCUUGCCCUCCUUUUAUGGCACAUUCUAUUGGGAUGCAGAAGAACUGGAGUCAGCAGUAGUUGCCCUACUAGUCGCUGCAGCAACACGACUGCCUGGUGUAUCGGGGAACAGAGCAGAAGUUUCUCUUGGCAGCCUUUUACCCACCUCCCCCAUGCAGAUAUGGGGUGAAGGACGAAUGUGCUAUUGCAGGCUAAAGCACAGGGAACAAAUAGCCUACGAGUUCACCUCAUCCUCACUGCCAAGAGACAACAGCAGUUCAAGGAGGUAAGGAUGCACAACAGAGCAAUUAAAUCAACUGCACAUUUAGCUUCUUUCUAAAGAGAAGUAUGCAGUUCAGCUCACCAGGGCACAGACUGCUGAGCAUCUGAUCAUUUCCUCAGCAAGCCCUCACGUCUAGGAAGUCAGGUUCAGGACCUGUCCUUGUCCAUACCAUUGCAAAACAUCACCUCUGCUCCCUCUCUUGUAAGUCUCUCCCCCUAUGUUCAGUUCUCUUAAAAACUCUUCUCCUGCCUAUUAAGCUAGGAUAACCUGCAUGCUCUCCUCUGUACUACAAGUAACUGCUGUACAAACAGCCACAGCAGAAGCACCGUAUUAGUAUACAGAGGUAUUGAACAUGCUCUUUGCCCUCCAGGAGGCAAACCAGCGUCUGGCUCUGGGAGCAAGUUCUGCAGGGCAUGUUUUAGUAGAUGUGAACAGUCUAAUACAGUCCCGAAAGUCACUGAAAAUGCCAGAGAGACAAGCUGGGUAAAGUUUUUGUGUUCCAGUCCUUAACGAACAGUCACUGGUAUCUCAAAAUUUCUGUGGAAAAAAAAGUUUUCUGAGCCUUGUUCAGAUCUCCAUAAAGCCUAUCUCUGUCCUUCCAAGGACCACCCUCCACAAUAAUAUAGGGUAAGAGAGGGUGACUUACGACAUAUAUGACUCCCCAUUCUUACACCAACAGCAAGAACCACAGCAUCCCACCAGCAGGCCCAACGCAUGUCUGAGUUUGUGGAAUGCUCUCUUUAAUAGCUGGUUAUUUCCCUUGACACCAGCAGAGCAGAGAGACUGGCUGUGCAGGAUUUCUGCACAUCGCAGACUUCUCUGUGUCUCGCAGGGUUGGCUAUUCCCAAACUACAGCUUGGUGGACUACAGGAGGUUUUUGGUGUUGUGGACACAGAGUAAGAAGCACGGUUCCUCACAUUGGGGCAGAGGGGUGGUGUCCAAGGAGCUGCAGGCCAAUGACAAACACCGCAGGAGCUGGGCCAGCCGGGGGAGCGGGGAGAGACCUUCAACAGUCCGUAGAGAGGAGAGAGAAUCAGAGAAACACAGCUCUGCAACAGCUGGCACACGAACCACACAGGAUCUGAUUUAUUGCUCUGUAAGGGCCUUGCCCCCAGUGACACCAAACUGCAGGAACAGUCAGUGCUGAAUAGCAGCAACUGUCUAACUUCUGUACAGACCUAUAUAUACCCACUAUAUGGCCUGGUAACCAAAAAUCAGGCAUUCAGCUUGGAGCCAGAGCAGCAAAUAUCAAAUAGGGACCUCAGUUCCUCUCCUCACUUAAGAGAGUUUUG